GGUCUGCUAUCAUGAUCACAGAACAUCAAAUAUCAUUUUUAUAGGUUAAUUUAAAUGUCCUGCAGUAAAUUAAUAAAAUUCAUAUUGAAUUCGAAUGGAAUUGAUGUCUAUUUCAUUUUCUCGAUUAUAAAAGAAUUCAAAAUCCAAUAGUAUGGAGCAGAAAAUGCUAUAUACCUUCAGAGGUUGGAUUGCUUUUGUAGCAUUUAUGGAUUUAGGAACAGCUAUAAGAAGUUAUAUUGAAAAGAAGUCAUUCUUGGAUAAAACCUCAGAAAAUGAGUACAGUGAUGGUGAAUUCACCACUUCAAGACUCUUGGGACUCUUCUCUGUACUGAAAGCUUUAGUAUUGAUUCAUUGUACCUUAUUCAUACAUUACAAACCGAUAGUGAGUAUUGGAAUUUGUUCACUCUUUGUAACAAUAAUUCUAUAUCUAUCAGAAACGAUAUAUUUUCGAGCAGCAACAUUGAGUUUUUACGUUAUUUUUCCUUGUGUUCUGAAUAUUAUCACUUUAGCUGGUCUUGUAUAUUUUCCCAUCAAACUCAAGCUCUGGAGUAGUGAAGAUAUAGGAGAGGAUACAUGUUCAUUAUUUAAGCAGAGUGUUAUGGCACGAAAACGUCGAAAUAUGAGAAAAAAUAUUUGAUUUAAGCUUAAUUUACCUCAUCUGCCACUGUUAUUGUUAAAAACAUACUCAAAUCUAGUCAAUAAAAUGAGUUGAAUUUUAAA